AUGCUUUCUGCAAUUGAGCUUUAUAAGUUGCAGAAAAGGAGUAGGGACGCGGAGCAAGAGUCGAUUUAUCAAGACGUCGUUAAAGCGGUUAAAAAAACCGCUGAGGAAAUGGACGUUAAGCCGCAAUUACCAGCUGUCACGGCCAAACGGAAGAAGAGAAAGCGAAGUCGUGGAAAAUCAGCCGAACAAAAUGAGGAAGAGGUGGAGGUGAAAUCAGAGCCAGAGGAGGGCGAGCACGUAUCCAUUCCCGAACUAGUGGAAUCCGAAGGGGAACACGCUAUCGAUGAGCCGCCUAUUCUGGGUGACAGAGCUGUUAAUGCGCUUGCUCUUGGAGAAACUCUAAUGCAGAUCCUUCUCGGUGGAGGCUCGUUUGUGAACUUCCUAGACAACUAUUAUGGCCUGAAACCAAUGCAUUCCUCGUGUGGAGAGGUGAGACGGAACUUCAAUUGCAUUUUCCCUGUUCAAAUGAUGGACAGAUUGAUUGCUGAAGAAGAACUGUUUUUCGAAUAUGACGUGGAGAUUAUUCCGUCCCCUCGGGAAAAGAGCAAACCACCCAAGGAGGGUCGUGCCUAUCGGUCGAUUGUUUGGGGUCAAUUUGGGAUGGGUGCUAGUAUUCGGAUCCUCCUUCCUGAGCGUUUUAACACUAAACUUUCCGCACACCUCGGCUUCCUUCAGGAGGUCAUCAACGGUCCUCUAUACUCAGUCGUCACUUUUGUGAAUAAGCAAUUCGUCGGGCCUCUCUUCAAUCCCUCCAGCCCCUCCAUUUACCUGCCUGGUGACAUGUUUAUCAUCGUUAUGGAGGGUUCUCUCGACAUUGACGUCCUUUCCCCCAAGGAUGGGGAAAUGGAGAGUCAGCAACACGAGCUAAAGGGCGUUUUUGUAUCCGGUGAUGUAGUCUAUAUUCCUUAUCAGUUUAGUCACCGCGCAAAGCUCUCCGGCGGCAAGAUCCCCCAUGCCAUUGCCCUAUGCAUUGUCAACCGUGCCCCUGUAUUGGUUGAGGAAUGUGGACAACACCUUCUCAAAGCCUUGCAUUUGGAAGGGCCGAAGAAUAAGGAACGCAGCCUAUUCCGUGAACUCCUAAUUUCCACGCACAACAAUCCAAAGAAUGCAUCCGAUAUUCUGUAUUUUGACCUCAACGCGGAGGAGGAAGUGGAGUUGGUUCUCCGCAAGUGGUUGAAGGGCGAAGAUGGGGUAUGUACGAAGGAGGAGGCGGAGGCGAUUAAUCAAGAAGCAAGCGAAAUGAGGCAGCUGUUUAUUGAACAAUCGGUGGCUGUAAGAUUGAAUUUCACUGAGGAGGCCGGACAUGCGACCUUCUUCGGGCCAAUUUGGGAUGAUCCCAACUUCAUCGACGCCGAGGGAGAUGAGGACGCAGAAGCGCAGAUAGAACGGCUUCCAAAUCCGCGUGCGGAAGGCUGCGUCAAAUUUGAUCGAGAGAUGGAGUCGGAGACGAUUAUUCGUCUCACUCGCCGCUCAGCAAUAAUUCUACUAAGAAGGCGUAAGGAUGAUGAUGACGGCUUUUGCAUCCAUCAUAGUCUCUGCAACAGUCGGGAUGCGAGGGUCGAAAAUGGAACGACUUGCUUGCGGAUGUCCCGGAAGCUUCUCCCAAUAGUCGAAUGGCUGAUCGCUAUUUACCCUGAAGAUACUAUGGUUUGUGACCUACCUGGAGAUAAUAUAAACGAUCAGAUGAAAGCGGUCAACGUUCUUUUUGACGCCGGGUUGAUUCUUUCCCCCGUGGCUUAUGAGGAAUCUGCGAUUGAUUAUGAAGCAGAGGAAGGAGCGGUUCUCACUUACCGCGACAGUGACUCACCUCCGUCGUCGAUGCUGACUAAUUUCACUGGCAGCUUCUCUUCUUCUGAUUGGCAUUCUGGAGAGGCCAUCUUGGACAGACCAACCAGUCCGAUCGUGUCCUUCGACCAUCAAGUGGACACAUCAAAGGCGGCAGAGAAGCUGGCCGCGUGCACAGGCGGUGUGCAUGUGUGUGCUGCCUCGUACGUACUUUCUGGUCUUCUACCGCAACUGCAGGCAUCCAGUCAAUUCUUGCAAUCCCUUCCCACUCCAUUCUGUAUAACUAGGCCCGAACAACUACGGAAAAGGGGUCCCAAGUUCGACACUUCCACGGCGAAUAAAAGGGCCUCAUCUUCGGGACUCCCUUGA